UCCCACCCAGACCGAAACACCAAGCCACUCCACCACGAAAACAACUUUAAAAAUGAAGCUGUCUACUAUCCUCCUGGCCAUUGUUGCCACCGUCUCCGCCAACGCCGCCCCCGACGCUGAGGUCGCUAAUGCCUGCGGUGUUAGCAUCUGUCCCGGGGCCGUUGACACGAGGACUUACGGCAAGUGUCCUGUGGACUGUAUGGUAUCGCCCUGCAACAUAUACCGGUGUGGAAACAAUAAAAGGAUGUUCUGCGGAGCAAACAAGAAGAGUUGCAAGUGGCUAUAAGGGGGGGCUUUUUAAUAUGUCGAACUGCAGUCGUGCUUUUGUAUCAAUAUUAGAUAUAAACAAAAAAGAGGCCU